UUACUCCCAGGCUCGCUUCUCGUAUGUUCGGAUGAAAUAUCUUUUCUUUUCCUGGUUGGUGGUUUUUGUUGGAAGCUGGAUUAUAUAUGUGCAGUAUUCUACCUAUACAGAACUAUGCAGAGGAAAGGACUGUAAGAAAAUAAUAUGUGACAAGUACAAGACUGGAGUUAUUGAUGGGCCAGCAUGUAAUAGCCUUUGUGUUACAGAAACUCUUUAUUUUGGAAAAUGCUUAUCCACCAAGCCCAACAAUCAGAUGUAUUUAGGGAUUUGGGAUAAUCUACCAGGUGUUGUGAAAUGUCAAAUGGAACAAGCACUCCAUUUUGAUUUUGGAACUGAAUUGGAGCCAAGGAAAGAAAUAGUGCUAUUUGAUAAGCCAACUAGGGGAACCACUGUACAGAAGUUCAAAGAAAUGGUUUACAGUCUCUUUAAGGCAAAAUUAGGUGACCAAGGAAACCUCUCCGAACUGGUUAAUCUCAUCUUGACAGUAGCUGAUGGAGACAAAGAUGGCCAGGUAUCCUUGGGUGAAGCAAAGUCAGCAUGGGCACUCCUUCAAUUAAAUGAAUUUCUUCUCAUGGUGAUACUUCAAGACAAAGAACAUACCCCAAAACUAAUGGGAUUCUGUGGUGACCUCUACGUAAUGGAAAGUGUCGAAUAUACCUCUCUCUAUGGAGUGAGCCUCCCGUGGGUCAUUGAACUUUUUAUUCCAUCUGGGUUCAGAAGAAGCAUGGAUCAGCUGUUCACACCAUCAUGGCCUAGAAAGGCUAAAAUAGCCAUAGGACUCCUAGAAUUUGUGGAAGAUGUCUUCCACGGACCCUAUGGAAACUUUCUCAUGUGUGACACUAGUGCCAAAAACCUAGGCUAUAAUGAGAAGUAUGAUUUGAAAAUGGUGGAUAUGAGAAAAAUUGUACCAGAGACAAACCUCAAAGAACUUAUCAAGGAUCGUCACUGUGAGUCUGACCUGGAUUGUGUGUAUGGCACUGAUUGUAGAACUAGUUGUGAUCAAAAUACAAUGAAAUGUACUUCAGAAGUAAUACAACCAAACUUGGCAAAAGCCUGUCAGUUACUCAAAGACUACCUAUUACGUGGUGCUCCAAGCGAAAUUCGUGAAGAAUUAGAAAAGCAGCUUUAUUCUUGUAUUGCUCUCAAAGUCACAGCAAAUCAAAUGGAAAUGGAACAUUCUUUAAUACUAAAUAACCUAAAAACAUUAUUGUGGAAGAAAAUUUCCUACACAAACGACUCUUAAUUUGGACAGUUACCAUCAUAGGAAACUUCUGAAUGAAGAUGCACUUUGAACAUUUAAAAGAAUGGCUUCUGGUUCAGAGAUCCUUUCUCUUGGGGCCUAAGAAGCCAUCAUCUUAAAUAGACAUGAUAAUGGUAACGGCAGGCAGUACAGAUGAACAUCUCCAGAAUAUUUCACUCCUUUGUUUUUUGAGAUGGGGUCUUGCUCUGUUGCCCAGGUGUAUCAAACUCCUAGACUCCAGUGAUUUUUCUGCCUGAGCCUGUGUGCUGGGACUAUAGGCAAACGCCACCAUGUGCCAAUUCCUGCUUUUAGAAGUCCUUACAUUUGCCAUUUACAUUCACUGUGUAACUACUUUGAAGAGUGACUUUUAAAAAAACUGUGAAAAGCCUCAUUCCAUAAACAUCAACAGUGAGUACUUUGUGGAUUUAUAUUAGCCAAAAUACCAUUGCUGGAAACAUUGUUUUCAUUGAAGCUAUUUAAAAUUUAUACAAAGUUACUAAUGUCUUAGCAUGGUAAUGUUU